UUCGAUCUGUGCCCAAGUCCGCGUCACACUUUGUCACCCCAGCCUGUGCCCUGGCGUCCAGUGCUGUCCUUCGCGACCCCCCGUCUAAAGCUUGAACAACGUCAUGCUCAUCGCACACAAAACUCCACACCUGUCCCGCCGCUAAGCGCGCCACUCAGCCACUCAAGCUCUGGCCCUCUCUCUUAAUUGCCCCAAAGACCCCAUACUCCGUCCCCAGAUCACGGUAAACCCCUGAACUGCCGAUUGCUCUCACACAUUAGCAUCGCGAUAGCUUUGCCAGCUGGAACAAAACAAUAUCGAAACAGCCAACAGACGACGUCCCGCAGCACCGCAGCCAUGAAGUUCUUUGCCCUCCUCGUCCCCGCCCUGACGGUCCUCGCCUCGCCGGCCCCCAUCGAGAACCAGAAGCAGGUCAUCGUGUCGUACCCCAACGAGACCCCCAACUCGGUCAUCGACCAGGCCAAGGACGCCAUCCGCGCAGGCGGCGGCAUCAUCACCCACGAGUUUGAGCUCAUCAAGGGCUUCGCCGCGACGGUCGCAGAAUCCGUCCUCAACUCGGUCAAAUCCAUGAACGACGAAUACCACGCCACGAUCGAGGAGGACCAGGUGAUUUCCAUCUCGUCGUAGGUGAGGGCCUCGGAUGAUGGAUGCGCGCCCGCAAGCCGCGACCCGCCAAGACGUGCUGCGAGGGCCCACAUCCUUUUGAAGGGAAAACAGAACACGCCGAUAUGAAAGCGAGCGAUGGAAACAGGUCCCAGUGGCCGCAGGCAGGCGACUGACCGGACGCGCAUCACGGUGGAUGACUUUGCCCGACUUGCUUGUCGAGACUUGCCUCGAGUUAUUUGUACCUGCAUGGGGGCGUUGGUGGUUUUUGACUGACAGCCCCCGGGAACCCGGACCGAGUGGUGUCUUUGGCCUGGCCAAAGAACCCUCCUUCUGGAUCCCAGGGCUUUUAUGUGCCUGGUGUUUAAUUACGAGAUAUCCGCGCUUCCCUUCCUCAAGAUACCAAACUAUCACUAGUAGCUCACCUAGCUAGACACGAGCAACAAUUCAGCUUUACCUGAGACGCGGCUUGCGAGGGUCAAGAGGUCAAGACAUGUGCUAGCUUGGCGUUGCGCUCUGGAAUAGCCAAACUACGCUUGUUCGGCGGUUCCUCUCA